AUGUCCAGAUCCACCAAAUCUACCGAAACUUUCCUCUGGAACAUCGGCAGCCUAUUCGACCGGGAAUGCCAGAACCCCUCAGAGGCUUAUAAAGUAUAUAACGCUUUAUGGAAGAUCGAUCGUUCCCUAUUCCCAGGCAAUGAAGCAUCUCGAAGUGCCAAUAGUACGACUGGUACAUGGGACGAUUCCAAUCUUUCCGAAGGGUUCAAAUCGUAUCUUACCACCUUGGAAUCGACGACAUCUAAGUUGAAGCCCAGUGUUCAGACUGUUUUAAGUAAAGGGUUGAUCAAGAUGGAUAAGAAAGUCAGAAAGGAGAACAGGAAAGAUGCCAAGUUGUGGAAAGAGAUAUGUAAAGAUCCUAGAAUACCGAGAGCUUUAAGCGAGAUCGAAAGCCGUAAGACCAAAGAUGCUGGUUCGGAUUAUGAUUCUCAUGAAGAUAGUGAAUAUCAUACUGGAAGAAGCACCAGCAAGAGUGAUUCUGGUAGUGAAUGGUCUGACCGCGAUGGCUCGUGGUGA